AUGAGGAUUCAGGAACCAAAAGCACUCACCACCAUUGACAUGCAGUGUCCGAUGCAACUGCCAAAGUCGGCAACUAUCCUUUUACGACAAUCAAGCCGAAUCACGGUGUCAGCUAUGUCCCUGUGCAGUGUCCCUGUAAGCGCUUUGGGAAGCAAGACCAGUGCCGUCCUCGAUAUGGUAAACUUUUGUGGUGCAUACUUGAUCGCUUUGUUGGCUCACAGAGCACAAUUAGGCCGAUGUGUGGAUGGACAACGCUAUAUGCCGAUACAAAUCAUGGAUGUAGCAGGUCUUGUACCAGGUGCAUCAACAGGUGCAGGUUUAGGAAAUCAAUUCUUGGACGAUCUACGUCAUGCUCAAGGUCUUAUCCACGUCGUCGAUGUCAGUGGCACCACCGAUCAGAAUGGAAAGGAAACACAAGGUUACGAUCCAAUCAAUGAUAUCAAUUGGCUACGCACCGAGAUUCACAGCUGGAUCGCCAAUAACCUAUUGAAAAAGUGGUCUGGUAUCGUUCGUCGUCAUAUCGCAUUGAAGGCAAACGCCGUGGAUACCUUGCAAGUCCAAUUCUCAGGUUAUGGAUCCACAUCCAAUGUUGUGGCAAAGGCACUUGACAAGAGCGGUAUCAAGGAGCCCCUGGAGAAAUGGGAUGAGGAGACUGUAAAGAAGAUCGUUGAGUAUUUUAUGGAUGAGCGGUUUCCAACAAUUGUGGCCAUGAACAAAAUUGAUAUGGCGGAUGCUGAUAAGAAUAUCACAAAAAUCAUGCGACGCUAUGAUCAGAAUAAACUUGUGCUCACAAGUGCACUAGCCGAGAACUUUUUGCGAAAGCUUCACAAGCAAAAGUAUAUCAAUUACGUCGAAGCAACAGAGAUCGUCGAAACAAAAGAAGAUCUGCCGGAUUCAGAUCUCAAGACAAUGGAUGACAAGCUGAGAGGACGUGUUGAGAAGGUACAAGACCUUGUACUCUAUCGCUAUGGAUCGACUGGUGUGCAAGAGGUUUUGGAGAAGGCUGUAGAAAUGCUUGGAGUUGUUCCAGUGUUCCCAGUGAAGAAUCUCACGACAUUUGGAUCAGCAAGCUCGAACAAGCCUGGCGCAUUUAGAGAUUGUAUUCUGCUUUGGCCCAAUACAACUGUGCGUGAGUUUGCAAAGAUACUACAUCCAGAGAUUGACAAGUAUUAUCUCUACGCUGAGUGUGCUGGUGGCACACGGUUGGCGGAGGAUGCCAUCAUCACCAGCAAGAAUAAUAUCAUUUCGUUCAAGACUUCGCAAACCAUUAGCAACAAGAGCACAUCCCAUGAUAAUCCUAGUAAUACCAAUGAGAAAAAGUCGAGCAAGAAAUAA